GAGAGAGAGAGGAAUUGUGUGUAGAGAGGGAGGGAGACGUCCCAGCCAGCAACAUCUCACAUUCCCCAGCGAGGGCGAGCUGCGAUGUCUGGUUUGGUUCUGCCCUGCCGGGAUGUGAUGAAGAUACCGGAGAUGCCCUCGCCGGUGGAACUGUACACGGCUGAGUGCAGGCACAGAGCCAGCGACAGACCCGCGCCUGCAGAUGCUCCUCUCUGAGCGAUGCUGAUGCGGAGAAGUUUGUUCUUACCUCUCCGGCAGUAAGUUACUGGCGAUUGUUGUCACAUGAUAGAACAGGGAACUGAAACUCCAGGCACGGCUCAGAACGAGCCGGCGCUGGAGGGGAAAGGUCCGGAAUCCCCCGCCGGACGGAGGAUGGCCGCCCAGGACAACAAGAUAAGCGUGUGGGUCUGUCAAGAGGAGAAGCUGAUCUCCGGGCUGUCGAGGCGCACGACUUGCGCCGAUGUGAUAGCUGCCUUGCUGGAGGAAGCCGCUCUCAGCGAGUUACUGUCCGGAGCGCCGGACACGUACUGCCUGGUGGAGAAGUGGAGGGGCUUCGAGAGGACGCUGCCCAACCAGACCAAGAUCCUGAGACUGUGGCGGGCGUGGGGAGAGGAGCGGGACAGAGUGACCUUCGUGCUGGAGAAGACCCGCGCCGCGUUGGGCCGGGCGGGAUUCCGGAGCGCCCAGGCUCGGGUGGUGACCAGCCGGGACAGCCCGUGCAAGGUACGCGGAGCGGCCGGCGCCGGCCUCGCCAUGUCCCGGGACAAACAGAGGAGAGUGGUGCGCAAAGCCUUCAGGAAGCUGGCCAAGAUGAACCGCUCGAAGCGGCGGGAGGGCGGCCCGAAGGAGGAGAGGUGCGGAGAGAGGAUGGAGACUAUGGUGCACCGGGUCCUGUCGCAGGACCACACCAUCCGGCAGCAACUGGAGCGGCUGCGGGAACUGGACCGGGACAUCGACCUGUGCGAGGCCAGGAUACACCUGGACAGGAUGAGGAAACACGGCGCCAACUACGUGCAGGACACUUAUCUGGAAGGGGGUCCCGCACCGUGCCGGGACGCAGCCGAGGGGCAGGCGGAGGAGGGGGCGGCGGCGGCGGAGGGUCCGGAACGGAGAGAAGAGGGGGCGGAGGCGGCAGCGGAGGAGGAGGAAGGUCCCGAGGUGGAGGUGGGCAGCACCGGGCUGGAGCCGGACCAGCUGCGGGAACAGCUGCAGGCUAGUUUGUGUCUCAGUUUGCGGCUGACCAGCGAUUUGGAGGAGUGCCGGAGGGAGCUGGAGCGGAGCCGGAGUCUGCGGCGCCUGAAGCGAGAGGAGUUGGAGCGGCUACUCCGGGAGCUGCGGGAGUUGAGCAGCAGCCCUGAGCCGCCGGCCCCGGACACGACCACCACCGCCGACCGGGCCGGGGAUGCGGGGGAUUCGGCGGAUGAUUCGGACACGGGGCUCAGCUCCAUGAACAGCCUAGACUCCGACCCCGCCCCCGUCGCCGAGUCCCUGGUCUAGACCCGGGGGACAGGGGUCCGCCGACCGAAAACGGGCAGAGACAUGCUGGGUCAGAGACUUUAACAGCCGCACUGUCCCAUGCCGCCACAUGGAACUGAACCAGAGACAUCUCAGUCAGAGCGGAAAGUUUGGACGUUCCAGGUUUUUAUAAUAUCCGGGCCGGUCUUGCAGCAUCUAUGAGAAGAAAACGUUAAUGUUUAGGGUUUAUAACUCUCAGGGGAGGGGGAAAGAACAUUUAAUAUUUCAUAUAUUUUAGCGGGGUUCCCAGACUUUGCUUAGUGGUAUUGGUCCAUGGCCUAGAAAAAGGUUGGGAACCCUGUUAGAGAUAUUACACAGUGACAAGCCAAGGCUGUCCAGUUACUAAUCCGUACAUCUCUGGACCGUGAGCGAAAACUGGACAGCCGGAGUAAAUCCUUGCGGACCAACUCCAUACAGGCAGCGGCGGGGAUUGAACCCGGCUCGCUGGAGCGGUGAAGCCUUACGCUACCGUGCUGCCCACAUCCAGCAGGUCAGGCCUAAUCUGUGGAGUGAGAAGGAAAAUUUACUAUUUCAGGUUUAAAAACAGUCAGCUCAGGAAGAAGAGUAAGUGUUUCGAAUUUAAAAUAUUUUCUCCCCAGGGUGGGGGAGUCAAGAGGUAGAGGGCAUUGGUUUAAGGUGAGAGGGGAGGGGAGCCUGAGGGAGGGUGGAGGGUGGGCCAGAGGAAGUGUUUGAGGUAGGUACAUAGGAUGUGGAACGGUACUGCACAAUUACAGGCCCUUUGGCCCACCAUAAUGCGAAGGACACAGCACGGAAUCGGCCUUCCAGCCGCACUGCCCGGACAAUUCCAGAAAACCCGAUGUACCGUAACCUAACCGCCGGACAAUUUACAACCUGCUGUGGGAGGAAACCCGUGCAUUCCACGGGGAGGAUGUACAGGGAUGGCACCAGCAUUGAGCCCGGAACUGCCGAGCUGUAAUAGCGCUCUGCUAACCACUACACAACCAGGAUGUCCUAAUGAAACAAAUCCCUUCUGCCUGCACAAUGUCCCCCACACAUCCAUGUACCUGUCUAAGUGUGCUUUAAACACCCCGCACAACUGUGGGCCGAAGGAGCUGGUCUCCACCGUCACCCCCGGCAACACAUUCUGGGCACACACCACGCUCCGUAUGAAAAACAUUGCCCCAAAGGAUCGUAUUUAGAAGGUACUUGGGCAGGUACCGUGACUGGAAAGAUUUAGAGGGGAAAGGGCCAGAAGGGAUGAGCUUGGCGGGGUUUGGUUAGUAUGGACCAACUGGGCUUGAAAGGCCUUUUUCUGUGCAGUAUGACUCCAUGACUGAGAAGGUUCGAUGUGGAGAGGGAGAGAGGGAUUGUGGGUGGAAGAGCUUGCUGUGAUGCUCCUGAAAGUAAGUUUUUCUUUGCACCAGGGCAUUUGUGUACCUGUGCACUGGAUCAUAAACUCGACUUUGAGAUUUGCCUGAACUUAUCAGAGAAACGAAUUGGAGGGAGGGGGAGGAACAGAGAGAGUGGAAUGGGGAGAUCCCGCAAGGGGAGGUGUGGUUGUGGUAGUGAUGGGU